AUGGGAUACAACUGCAAACUGAUGCUGUGCAUCUGCUCCGUGGCAUUAAUCUUAGCUCGCGUCUCCUCAGCCACUUCCGGAAGAGAUAUUAGAGGCUUCAUCGAUAAACACAACAAAGCUCGGGCAGCGGUCGGUGUCUGUCCGAUCAAAUGUAACGAGGCCAUAGCAAGGUAUGCACAAAGCUAUGCCGACGUAAGAUCUAGGGACUGCGCAAUGGAGCACUCGAUGGGGCCUUAUGGUGAGAACAUAGCCUUAGGUGAAGGCAUGACGGGUGCAGCUGCUGUCAAGUAUUGGGUUACCGAGAAGGAGUUCUAUGACUACAACCAAAACAAAUGUGUCAACGGCGAAUGUGGUCACUACCUUGCUUUGAUUUGGAGCAAAUCAACCUAUGUUGGUUGUGCCACGUCGUUGUGCACGAAUGGACAAACCUUCAUCGUUUGCGAUUAUGAUCCUUCUAAAAUAGAUGGCGAGCACUCUUACUAA